AUGGGAUUUAUUGGUUUUUUCAGAAUAGUUCAAUUUUUUUUCAAUAUCAUAUGCUUUGCCCUUUGUGCUUCACAUUUCAGACUGGCGAAAGCAUUUGCUUUGGGAGUCAGCUCAGCUAAUAUGAUUUAUAAUAUCUAUACAUUGUUUAUUGUGCCCCAAAUGCAUCAAAAAACAUUAGCUUUUUUGAUUUUUGUUGCUGAAUUAGCUUUCCCAAUCCUAUACCUCAUUUCGUGUAUAAUUUUGGUGGUUCAAAUUAACACUGAAUAUGUCACAAGUUAUACCGUCAACUUUACACUGCAGUAUGAUAAAUACAAAGAUGCUCCUUAUAGCACGGUUGCAAUGGCUUCAGGGAUAUUUGGACUUGUUUGCCUGUUCUGGUUUGGUUUUACAUGCUUUGCAUUUUUCAAAUAUACUUUUUUUCCAAUUUACCGUAAUGGAAAAGGGUUUAAAUCCUUGUUUGAGGUGUACGUAUUCAAAUUUGGCUGCGUUGUUUACAACAAAGAUAAAAGUGAUCGUGAUCGAAACCUGAGAGACCUCGAAAAGAACGUGCCCCAAAAAUCAAUAGAUCAGGAGAAAACAUUAGGUACUGUUAUCUUGUCAUCAAUUGACACUUUAAAGGUAGAGAGUAAAAGCCCUGUUUAA